UCAUAAAUACUCACUAGGUUAACGCGUCUCCCAUUUUAAGCUUCAGUCCCGCCGCCUCCCUCCCUCCCUCCCUCUCUCUCUCUCUACAAUCACUGAUCAUCCUCCAAUACUUGGAUUUGUGCGCUUGAGCUUUCCUCCCUCUCCCUCUUCCUCUCAGCAACCUUACGAGCAAAGAUGGUGAGAGUGAGUGUUCUGAAUGAUGCUCUCAAGAGCAUGUACAAUGCUGAGAAGCGGGGAAAGCGCCAGGUCAUGAUUAGACCAUCCUCGAAGGUGAUCAUCAAGUUUCUUAUCGUGAUGCAAAAGCACGGAUACAUUGGAGAGUUUGAGUUUGUCGAUGAUCACAGAUCUGGGAAAAUUGUCGUGGAGCUCAAUGGCAGGUUAAACAAAUGCGGUGUCAUCAGUCCUCGAUUUGAUGUUGGUGUCAAAGAAAUUGAGGGAUGGACUGCUAGGUUGCUCCCUUCAAGACAGUUUGGGUUCAUUGUGCUGACUACUUCUGCUGGGAUCAUGGACCACGAGGAGGCAAGGAGAAAGAAUGUUGGUGGUAAAGUGCUUGGAUUCUUUUACUAAGUGGAGUUAGUCCAAGGGUGAAUCCACAAUUUUCUAUCAUGAGGUUUUUGGUGUACUUCAAGAACAAGUUUAUGAGCUGAGGAUAGUUCAUGUUUUGUUUUAGUGCUCUGGUAGGCUUGAAACGCUGAGUAGUGGUUUACCUGCAUUUUUGUUUUUUAACUAUUACUGUUAUUUUGUUUACUCUUGUAGAAGAGAUUGGUGUUUGGUUGUCUGAACUAAAAAGUUUAAGAGUUACGUCCAUUCUUGACGUAUCUUGUGUGGAAUGCAAGCUUAUUUCAGUCUCA